AUGGAGGGAGACUCUGGUCCUGCAGAGGGUGUGUACAGUCCGGUGUGUGAGGGCUGCCACCUGCCCAUUGGUGAGCGUUUCCUGCUGCGUGUGCAUGACUCUCUGUGGCAUGAGCGCUGUGUGAAGUGUGCUACUUGUGCUGAACCACUGAAGAUCACCUGCUUCCUGCGAGAUGCCAAAAUCUACUGCAGACGAGAUUACCAGAAACUGUUCUCAGUGCGCUGUAGGGCUUGUGCUGAGGUUAUCUCCCCAGCAGAGCUGGUGAUGCGAGUGGCUGAUGCAGUUUUCCACCUGCACUGUUUUUGCUGCUCAGUGUGUGACUGCCGGCUGCAGAAAGGAGAUCGCUGUGUGCUGGUGGGAGACAAGCUGCUCUGUACACAACAUUACCAGCACACACUGAGCAGUCCCACCACCACGGACUCAGGUCGAAGUGAGGAUGAGGAUGAUGAAGAGGAUGAAAGCAACCUUAAGGUGGCAGGAGACAGAACCUCCACCAAAGAAGGGGACCACAAGAGACCGAAACGACCACGCACCAUCCUCACUACGCAGCAAAGACGAGCUUUCAAAGCCUCAUUUGAAAUCUCAUCCAAACCUUGCAGAAAAGUAAGGGAGACCUUGGCAGCUGAGACAGGCUUGAGCGUACGAGUCGUACAGGUCUGGUUCCAGAACCAAAGAGCCAAGAUGAAGAAAUUGGCCAGACGACAGCAGCAGCAGCAGCAGCAGUGCCAGUCCCCUCAGGAGAAGAAUGACAGCCAAACACACACUCACGCACCCUCUGUUGGAGGAUUUUCAGCUGAGCUGGAGAGCCUGAGCACAUAUUUAUGUGCAGCUCAACAGCAGGAACCCCAUGGCUUUAAAAUGAACCUCAGACAAGGUCUCACACCCCCUCAGACGCCUGGAGAUCACAUGAACCCAUAUGACUGUACAGAUAUCUGGUACACUGAGAUGGACAAUGACUUUGUUCAUCCCCUCAGAGACUGUCUGUCAUCUGGGGAGACAUCUGUCUUGACACCAAUUGACCGACUAUAUUCAAUGCAGGACUCUUAUUUUGCCUCCUGUGUGUAA